GCUGUGUUUAAAAAGGGCUGCACUCCUUGGAGAUAAGCCCCAGUCACUGCUGCUGCACUCUAAAUAUGUUUCCCUGCCGUGUGUCCCUGUCUGCCGUCAUGGGGCUUGUGGGGAGUCUGGAUAUUAUGGAAAGCAACGUGUCCUGAUAUCUGUCGGGAGCAGAGCAAGUUUCCAGGAAGAGCGACAACAUGGGGGAGUGGGGCUUUCUGAGCUCAUUGCUGGACGCAGUGCAGGAGCAUUCUCCCAUGGUGGGACGUUUCUGGCUGGUGGUUAUGCUCAUAUUCCGCAUCCUUAUCCUGGCCACGGUCGGAAGCGACAUGUUCGAAGACGAGCAAGAGGAGUUUGUGUGCAAUACAAUGCAGCCGGGUUGCCGACAGGUUUGCUAUGACCGUGCCUUCCCCAUCUCCCACUAUCGAUUCUGGGUUUUUCACAUUGUGCUGUUAUCAGCCCCGGCUGUACUCUUUGUCAUUUACUCCAUGCAUCAAAAUUCCAAGAUGGGGAGAGACGCCGAAGAGGAGGAGGCUGCGAGAGCCGGACAGCAGGCCAUCGUCAGGUCAAAAACAAGGCCAGACCAGCGUGGGCGCCACAUACGCACCUUUUAUAUCGUCAAUGUGGUUAUGAGGAUUUUGGCCGAGGUUGGAUUUCUAGUCGGACAGUGGCUUCUCUAUGGGUUUCGGGUGGACCCCCAAUAUCUGUGCCAACGUGAACCCUGCACGCAUACUGUGGAUUGCUUUGUAUCAAGGCCCACGGAAAAGACAAUCUUCCUCCAGUUUUACUUUGUGGUGGGCGUCAUCUCCGCUUUUCUUAGCGUGUGUGAACUUCUGCACAUUCUGCUAAAGGGAAAGUGUAGGGCAGCGGGUGAGGGGGACGGACCUAGCCCCCCGCCAGCCUAUGAAAGGGACAACUGGUCCAACAGGGAGCACGAGAGGACAAAUCAUUUCUUGCUCCAAAAUCAAACACGGGACAACAGGGAAAUCAGAAGACCCGACGGGCACCGCCUCUCCAUCCCGUACUCCCAAAGCACAACCUACAAGCUCAAGGUGGUUCCCAGCUCAUCCAAUAGUAGCAAAUCUUCCAGGUUACUGGUCAAAGGAGAUUUGACUGUGUAGGGGAUGUGUUAACGUUUCUGCUGUAAACUUUUUUUUUUUUUUACUACAAAAAUAAGAAAACAAGUCAUUAUUGGAAAAUGUUUCCGUUUUUCCAAGAGAAUCCUCUUAUAAUUCUGGCAGAACUUCCGUAACUGGGAUACAGAAUAUGGAGCCUCUGGCUUCUUGGCUUAGCCAAUGAACAUCUGCGUAUUAUGGUUGCUCUAGGAUUUCCAAUUCUCCUCUACAUAGACAUUGAAAAACAAAAUGCCAUAUGCCCUCACACUAAGGUCUCUGCUGUUUCAGCAGCCUGGUCAGACACGAGACCAAUUAACAGAAUAAUAAAUACGUGCCAGAUGUUUAACAUAGUGGCCAAUGAAAUGGGGUCAACUGUUCUUGAUAACAUUAUCUCCUGAGUGCCUUAAAGGUAAAACGUACCCUAUGUAUAUAUUGCUAUCAUCUUCCAUUUGAUUUCUGGUUAAAGGGGAACUCCAGCUCCCAAACAAAAUGUGUUAAAGAGCCCCACACAGCACAGAACCCCCUAAUAUCCCU